UCUAUUGAGGUCAAGCGAGGUCACGUAUGAAGACUCGUCUUUGUCUGGUAACAACAUAGACUAGCAGCUGUCUCUGUCCUUAAUAAGGAUGAGCUACCUUCUUCCUCGGCUCACUACGAAAAAGGAAGUAGACCAGGCGAUCAGGAACACCGCUGAGUUAGUCCUGGUACUGAGGUUUGGGCGGGAACAUGACCCCGUGUGCCAACAACUGGACGAUAUCCUGUCCAAGACUUCUAAUCUCCUCUCCAAAAUGGCAGCCAUCUACAUAGUGGAUGUGGACAGUAUACCAGUGUACACACAGUAUUUUGACAUCACUCUCAUUCCUGCUACUAUCUUCUUCUUCAAUGGACAACACAUCAAAGUAGACUACGAUAGACCAGACCACACCAAGUUCAUUGGCAGCUUCAGGAACAAACAGGACUUCAUCGACCUUGUGGAGGUGAUCUUCAGGGGGGCCAUGAGGGGGAAGGUCAUGGUGCGAAGUCCUAUAGACCCCAGGAACGUCCCCCAAUAUGAACUACUCUACAAGGAAAUCUAGUCUUGUGUUAAAACAUAUUUAUUUUGUCUAUGUUGUACAUACUGUAUGUACAGAUGGCUCAAAAUACCACCUGCAUAUGCAGGUUAGUGCAGGUAGAAUUGGAUCGAGCUGUGCAGGUAUUUCUGAUGUCUAUACCUGCACGUAACCUGCACUGGUCCAUUACUGGGUGUAUCAUGAUAUAUAUGUAUAUGUAAAUGUUUCAAGAUGUGAACUUUUACUAGCUGCAUUGACUGUUACCAAGUACAAAAGAAAUAAUGGCAAUGGUUUCUAAACAGAUUGUGAAAUGAUCAAUACUUGCUAAUAAAUUCAGAGUGGUGCAGGUAAGAUUUGUCUGGUGCAGGUAAUUACCACAUGUUACCUGCACCUGUCCAGGUAUGCAGAAAAAAGUAUUUUGAGCUCUGAAUUUGGAAACACAGCAAAGCAUGUUUUUGGUUCUGAAUAUAAAGGAAUAUAUUUGGUACUUCGAAAUCAGACUGUGUAUGUAAUAAUUUGUAUAUAUUAUACAGGAACAUGUAACAACAUCAAAUAAAACUAGUUAUGUAUUUCUGAAAUGCUGGAGAAAAACCUGCCAACCCCAGCCAAUGCUGGCAUAUAGGACAUUAAAUUCUAAAUGACAAAAUAAAAGACGACCUGUAUUUCACAGUCUUUUGCUGGUUUUAAUGCUUUGAACUGUUGAUGUACAUGUAUAGUACUUCUUUGUUUUAGUCUAUCAAUAUACCUGUAGUCAUACAAUGUAUAUGUGUAUAUUGAUUACAAUAUAAUUAUAAUGUUCAAAAUUUAGUGCCUGAUGCAUUUCAAUUCAAACAUCAGGAUAUUAUUUUGCAAGGCUUAUUAGCAUGACAACUAAAUUCUGUACAUACAUUUAUGUUCUGAACGAAAGACAAACUAGCUCCAACUAAGAUACCCUCCCAGUUACCAACUAUUAGACUGAUCACAUAGCGCCGCCCAUCUCUGUCAAGACACAAAUGAAAAAAAUGGAACCUCUCUCAUUGGUUGAACAGAUAAUUGCUGCUCUCUGAUUGGUUCAACUGCUAAUUGUGAUGGACAGUCAGGAUUGGUCAAUUGGAACCAGGAGCUCAACUGUGAGGCUGAUACCAAUUGAGCUACAGGGACAUCCAUGAUAGAUCAAAAUCGUCUCAUCGAAAGUCUUGGUAUACGUGUCAACCCAAAACAUCAAAGAUUU